UACUGGUACAAGUUCUGAAAUCAGUCCGUCGAUACGCAGGGGGUAGAAGACAAAAACAGUCGGUGAAGUCACUAACGCCUGAGAAAAAGAUUGAAAUUUGUUCACGUCGGAAGAUUUCGCCGAGAAAGAAAAUGACUUCUACUUUUCUGGGAAAGCUUAAACAAAAAACUUACAUGCUACUCGGGUAUAAAAAUGUCCAAUCAAUUAAUCUUGGCAAAGCGAUUGAGAUAACAAGCCCAGACCGAGACGAGGCGGAGAAGAAGAGAAAACAUGAUGAAAUACUAACAGAUGAGGGAUCCGAGACAGACGAGGACAUGGCCAACUUUGACUAUGAGAACUAUGACUCCGAGGAAGAUCCAGAUUAUGAGCCCGACUCUGCGGAAGAAAGCGAGGAUUCUGAAUCAGAAGACGACGACGCAGAAAGUGACAUUGAAUUAGAGGUCGUCAAAAAUGAAACAAAUCCUGCAGUAGAAUUCGUUCAGCUAAAGGAAAAGCAGAAGGACGCCGCUCUCAUUCCUAAGGAAGAACCCCAUAAAUCUGCACCGGAAGUAGGAAAACCUGCGAACAAAGAUGAGAUUUCCCUAAAGCCGCAGUGGCAGCAGGACACAAAACUGGUGACACAGAAACGGAAAUCACUGGAUGAUGAAACGAAGUCUUCGUAAAGGGACGAACACAUUCAUUUUGGUUAAAAAUCAGAAUGAUCAGAACAUUUUGAGCACGAGUAUGAAUGAUGAGAAAAUAAAUCUAGAAAUUUAGAAAGAAAAUGACGUUCUCCUAUUUCCUCCUAUUUCGGACUGCAAAAAAACUGAAAUGUGAAAAAGUAAAAACAAAAUGAAAGUCUUAUCAAACCGAAAUGUAAAAAUUUAAAGUUCGACUGUGUUUGUGUUUGUAAUAAAGUUAUAUGUAUAAAUACUGUUUUCAAUAGAAUGUUAAUAUUCAGUUUCUUCAAUCUGUUUGGUUAUACACCACUAUAUAUCAAGAGUUUAUUUUUCUGUUACAUAAAAAAAAUCUAUCAUAAAUAAACUGCAUGUAUCUACAA